GAAGCUGACGCGUUUCUGCGGAAGUAACGAAGGCGGAAGUGAGCAUAAGUUUGUGUGUUUGUCCUGAAGUACACGCAGAGGAUUUGCUGGAUAAGUGAUCUCUUCUUGUGGAGGUUUUGGUGAUUCCGCGGCAGAAUGGAGGACACAAGCCCCGAGUCGAUGGUGUCUCCGGCGGGACAGAGCUCCGGCAAAUCCAAGCUGGACACGCUGUCUAAAGAAGAUCUGAUCAAGUUUGCCAAGAAACAGAUGGUGGCAAUGCAGAAGAUCAAGUCAAAAUGCACAGAUUUAGAGAAGGAGAUGGAAGAGUUAAAACAUGCUCAGAGUGGCACAGCAGACUCCUGUGUGAUCCAGGAACUGCGUGAGCGGAUGGAUGCUGUGCUGCAGGAGAAAGCAGAGAGUCAUCAGAGUCUUGUGUUACUGCGCAGACAACACGAGGAGCUCCAGAAGCAAGCGCAGGAGACGAUGUCAAGAUUAGCAGCUCUUCAGGAGGAACUAGACUUCAAAAAUAAAGAGUGUACAGAAAUGCAGAAACACACAGCUGAGCUCACCGCUGACUUCAAGACAACCUGUGCUCAGUACGAGUCCAGAAUAUCUCAAACUGAGGAGGAGCUGGCCGAAGCCAAGCGCCAGUGGAUGGCAGCGACGGAGGAUCUGAAAGCGUCCCAGCAGACCAGCCUCACCGAGUCCCAGCAGGAGAUGGAGAACCUGCAGGGAGAGAUCCAGAGGCUGAACAGACAGUACGAGGAAGACGUGCGCUUCCUGGAGGAGCAGCUGGAGCUGAACGCAGCAGACUUCGAGAGGGAGCGCGAGCGGCUGCUUCUGCUCCAGGACGAGCUCUCGGAGCAGCUGGCGCUGAAGGAGGGCUUCCUGCAGGACGUGCAGGAGGAAGAGGAGGACACCACCAGAGCAGGGCCUCCCAAACCCUCCCCGAGUGACGAGACUCCAGACGACUCCAGCCACGAGGACAGCAGCAUGAAACUGGCCCUGGACGAUCUGCAGGCUCGAAACAUGAUGCUGCAGGAAGAGCUGGUGUUUCUGCGGAAUGUGAAGCGGGAGCUGGAGUCAGAGCUGAAGCAGGUGCGAGAGGAGUUCACCGUGGAGAAGGAAGAACUGGAGUUCAGAAUCGACGAGCUGCAGAUGAACAGAGGUGAAGAGAGGAGCAGCAUCUCUGAAGAGUCCCACAGCGCCGGCCGGAAGCAGAGCUACUGGAGCGCUGGAGGAGAUCGGGAGCGGGGGCAGGAGCGGGAGCGGGAGGGAGAUCAGGAGCGGGAGGGAGAUCAGGAGCGGGGGCAGGAGCGGGAGCGGGAGGGAGAUCAGGAGCGAGAGCAGGGGCAGGAGCGGGAGCGGGAGCAGGGGCAGGAGCGGGAGCGGGAGCAGGGGCAGGAGCGGGAGGGAGAUCGGGAGCGGGAGGCCGAGCAGGAGCGAGAUCAGGAGGGAGAGCGGGAGGGAGAGCGGGAGCAGGGACAGGAGCGGGAUCAGGAACGAGAUCAGGAGCGAGCCGAGCGCCUCUUACAGCAGUACAGAGCCCUGAAGGAGCACACGGCGGCCUCGCUCCACGGUCUGCAGGAGGAGCUCCAGAGCGUCUUCCAGGAGAGAGACCCAGACCAGGAAGGACCGCUGAUGACUUCUGAGGACCUACGGAACAAGACUGAACAAAUCCUAGUGAAUCUUCAACACGAGGAGACUCUUGUCCUGGAGUUCAAGGAGAUGCUGAGGUUCACGAGGUCUGACUCCGAGCAGGAGCUCAAGAUCAGUGACCUGGAGAAUCAGCUGUCCUGUGUGACCGAGGAGAGAGAUGAGCGCAUAAAGAGCCUCGAGGAGGACCUGGGUGCUCUCCAGUCCAGACAGGACGAGUGUCAGGACACCAUCAGACGUCUCCAGUCUCAGAUCAGCAGUCUGUCAGAAGAGAGGGACGCCCUUCAGCGAGACGUGGAGGCUAAUCAGGAGCACCUCUCCGGCCUUCAGUGCCACCUCUCUGAGAUCCUGCAGCAGAGCUUCUCUGAGCCGGAGGCGGACGGCUCGUCUGACGUCUCUGCGCUCGUAGACCGUCUCUGGACACGAGCUCAGGAGGAGAGAGCUGUGUUGACCCAGCAGCUGGAGGAGCGAGUGGAGCUGCAGGCGCGGGUCAGGGACCUCCUGCAGGAGAAGGAGCUGCUCAAGGCCAGUCUGGCUGAUGUGGUGCUAGACUUCCAGGGACUGCAGACCGACCUGAGCCAAGUGCAAGCCAUGAACCAGAAGCUGAGGACAGAAAACCACAGUCUGCUGGCUCAAGUGGCUGACCGCAGCGGUCUAGAGGAAAAAGAGUCUGUGGAUGAAACUGAUGCUCAGCUCCAGGAGACCAGCGAGCUCCAGCAGACUCUUGCUGACAGAGACGCUCUCAUAUCUCAGCUCAGAGAGGAAGUCACUCUCUUACAGACGAGCAAGGAGUCAUCAGAGUCUGAUGAAAAUGAACAUAAGAAAGCGUUUUCUCAUGAAAUCGAAAUGCUGAAGAAAGAAGGCAAAGAGAAAGAUGAACGCAUGAACAAGAUCAAAGCUGUUGCUGUGAAGGCUAAGAAGGAGCUGGACAUCAGCAAGAAAGAGGUCAUCUCUCUGAGAGAGGAAGUGGAGCAGCUGAAGACUGAGCGAGACCGAUUGUCACGCUCUGUGAAGGACAUCAUCCAUGGCGCAGAGGACUACAAGAACCUGAUGGUGGACUAUGACAAGCAGGCUGAGCUGCUGGAUCAGGAGCGAGAGAAGCUGGAGCAGGCCAGUAAACACAACGAAGAGUUAACCAGACGCCUUCAGCAGGCCGUUCAGCAGCACGAGCUGCUGUCCUCGGAGCGAGAGGACCUCACGGCCCGCGUCGAGACGCUGCAGACGAACGUCACGCAGCUGGAGACACAGAUCCUGGAGACGCAGAAGCUGAAGUGUGGGCUGGAGCGAGAGCUGGAGGCAGAGAGGCUCUUAAGAGAGCAGAAGGCCAAGGAGCAUCAGUCUGCGGUCAGGGAGCUGGAGGAGCUCCAGGCUCAGCUCAGCAGACAGAGACAUCAGCUCCAGCAGACGGCUCAGGAGCUCGAGCAGCUGCGCAAGGACGCUCAGCAGAGCUCACUGAUGGACAUGGAGAUGGCCGACUACGAGAAACUGGUCAAAGAGCUCAAUCACAAGCUCUGUGAGAAAGACAAGCAGAUGGAGGAGCACGAGAUGCACAUACAGGCUCAGAAAGAGCAAGAGCAGCGGCUGAAGGAGGAGAUGGAGUCUCUGAAGCUGCUGCUGGAUCAGACAGAAGACAAAGCCUCCAGGAUGAAACAGCUGCUGGUCAAGACCAAAAAAGAUCUGGCAGACGCAAAACAAAAAGAAGCAGCACAGAUGAUCUCCCAGUCUGCUCUGAGAGGAGAUCUGGAGGCCCAUCAGCAGCAGCUGGAGGAGCUGAAGAUCCAGUGCAGCGAGCUCACGGCCGAGCGUCACCGGCUGCAGGAGCAGCUGAAGCUGAUGAACGAGCAGCAGCAGCGGACGUCCAGCUCGUAUCAGCUCAGUCUGACCGCGCUGCAGGACCAGUGCACCGCUGCUCAGGCUGAUCUUGCGGCGACGGUGUCGGAGUUCGAGAGUUAUAAGGUGCGAGUGCACAAUGUGCUGAAGCAGCAGAAACACAAGAGCUCAGCCCAGAGCGACGGCGAUGCUCUCAAACAGGAGAGAGAGCAGAUGGAGGCGGUGGUGGAGCAGCUGCGCAGCCGUCUGCAGGACACGCAGCAGAGCCUCCAGUCCAGCAGCUCCGAGCUACAGCAGCUGCAGGUGGAGCACGACACACUGCUGGAGAGACACAACCGCAUCCUGCAGGAGACCGUCAGCAGAGAGGCCGAGCUGAGGGAGAGGCUGCUGUCGCUGCAGUCUGAGAGCGUGGCUCUGAAGUCUGAACACGGCCAGUGCGCAGCUUCACUGAGUGCCCAGACCGAGGCGCUGCGCAGCAGCUUCCGUGAGCAGAUGCGUCAUCUUCAGGACGAGCACUGCAGCACUGUAGAGACUCUGCAGCAGCAGAUCAGCAGACUGGAGGCCCAGCUGUUCCAGCUGCAGAGAGAGCCCAGCAGCAGCAGCGGCACAGUGCACGUGCAGCAGAGCAGGAAGACUCACGUGGACCGGAAGCCUGCUGACGUCCCUCAGCUGGAUCUGCAGGGCAUGGCUAGAGAGGAGGGAGAGGGGAUGGAGACCACCGAGACCGAGUCCCUGUCGUCCAGCGGGACCCCUCUGCCCUCUCUGGAGCAGCUGCUCACCUCCCCAGACCUCAAACACGAGCCUGUGGUGUGGCACAUGGAGCCCAGUAAAGAGGAGCUGACGCAGAAGCUGAGCACAGCCGCCCGCAGCGUGGAGCACCUGAACAGUCUACUGCACGAGACCGAGGCUACCAACGCUGUCCUGAUGGAGCAGAUCACCCUUCUGAAGAGUGAGGUGCGUCGACUGGAGCGUAAUCAGGAGCGGGAGAAGUCCGUGGCCAACCUGGAGUACCUGAAGAACGUGCUGCUGCAGUUCAUCUUCCUGCGCUCGGGCAGCGAGAGACAGGCUCUACUUCCUGUGAUUCACACCAUGCUGCAGCUGAGCCCGGAGGAGAAGAGCAGGCUGGCUGCCAUCGCUCAAGGUGAGGAGGAGUCCGCGGGCUCUCGGGGGUCAGGCUGGACGUCCUAUCUGCACAGCUGGUCAGGCAUCCGAUGAGAGCACCACCGCUAACACAUCACAUCACCUCAACACACAGCCUUAGUUUUCUACAACUUGUCAGUCCUGAAGGGAUUUCUUUAUUUAUUGGGUUAUUGAAGAUUCUUCUGUGCUAUAAAUCACACAAGACAGAAAUGUUGCUCCUGUUGAUCAUAUUUUAAUAUAACUCCUAUCAUGAUCAUUUUCCCACAGCUUGUCUGGUGGUUGUGUUGGUCUUUGUGAGGUUCAGUGAAUGAAGGAGUGUAAAUACAGACUCAGUCUAUCUCAUUAAACCACUUUAAAAGCU